AUUAGAGAGAAUGGCGGAGUUUUCUAAAGUUUAAUCAGAGAAAAUGGCGGAGAUUUAUACAGUUGAACUUGGAAGAAUGGCGGAGACUAACAAGAUGAAUUAGAGAGAAUGGCGGAGACUAAUAAAGUUGAACCAGAGAGAAUUGCGGAGUCUAAAGAAGUUGAACCAGAGAGAAUGGCGGAGAUUAACGAAGUUGAACCAGAGAUAAUGGCGGAGACUAACGAAGGUGAACCAGAGACAAUGGCGGAGACAAAUAAAGUUGAACCAGAGAGAAUGGCGGGGACUAAUAAAGUUGAACCAGAGAUAAUGGCGGAGACUAAUAAAGUUGAACCAGAGAUAAUGGCGGAGUCUAAAGAAGUUCAUAUAGAUUUUAACGAGUUUGAAACCGAAAAAGAGAAAAUCCAUCCUUUAGAGAACACAUGUACUGUAUAUGUACAAGAGGAAGAUGUACAAAUUGACAUCAUAGAACUUGAAGGAGAAAUUGUUUAUGAGGAGGAUCCCCUGCAAUCUGUUCUAAAGAGACGCAAGGGUAUUAAACACGAAGGUGUGAGAUAUCCUUGCAAUCAAUGUGUAUACACUGCAACAAAAGUAGGGACUCUAAUGAGACACAUGGAGCGCAAGCAUUCUGGAGUUAGAUUCCCCUGUAACCAAUGUGAAUACACCGCAACUGCAGCUAGCAGUCUCAGGGUGCACAUCGACAGAAAACAUAAUGAAGUAAAAUAUCCAUGUAAUCAAUGUGAAUACCUGGCUACCGCACCUGAUCUUCUUAGGAAUCAUAUCAGUGUCAAACAUGACAUGGUGAGAUAUCCUUGUAAUCAAUGCGAAUUCGCUGCAACAACAGCAGGAACUCUGAAGACACAUGUGCGGAGGGUACAUGAGGGAGUACGGUUUCUUUGUAAUCAGUGUGAACACUCUGCAACCACCAUAGGUAGUCUGAAGAUGCACGUACAGAGUAUGCAUGAGGGAGUAAGGUAUUUAUGUGAUCAAUGUGUAUACUCUGCUACAACACCAAACCUUCUCAAAAACCAUAUCAGUGUUAAACAUGACAAAGUUAGAUAUUCAUGUGAUCGAUGUGCGUUCACUGCAUCAACAGCAAAAUAUCUCAGGGGCCAUAUUCAGAGUAAACAUGAGGGGAUCAAGUUUCCAUGUAAUCAAUGCGACUACUCUGCUGCACGAUCUACUGAUCUUAAGAAGCACAUACAGACUGUACACGAGGGAACAAAAUAUUCAUGUAAUCAGUGUGAAUACUCUGCAACAGUCGCAAGAAGUCUAAAGGUACAUGUACAGAGGUUACAUGAUAGAGUAAGGUUUCCAUGUAUUCAAUGUGAAUACUCUGCUACCACUAAAGACGUUCUCAGGAAACACAUCAACGUUAAACAUGACAAAGAAAGAUAUCCUUGUAAUCAAUGUGAUUACGCUGCAACAACAACAAGAAAUCUGAAGGUUCAUGUACAGAGUGUCCACGAGGAAGUGAGGUUUCCGUGUAAUCAAUGUGAAUACUCGGCAACAACCACAGGAAAUGUGAAGGAACAUAUACAGAGGGUUGAUGAGGAAUUUAUGUUUCUAUGUAAUCUAUGUGGAUACCCUGCAGCACGAGCUUUUGAUCUAGAGAAGCACAUUAAGAGAGAACAUGAAGGGGUAAGGUUUUCGUGUCAGCAAUGUGAAUUUACUACAGCUAGAAACAGCGAUCUUAACCAGCACAUGAGGAGUAAGCAUGAAGGAGUUCGGUAUCCAUGUAUUUUGUGUGAGUACGCCGCAACAAGAAAAUAUCAUCUGAAGAGGCACAUAAAACGUAAGCAUUAUAAAGCCUGAAACUUCAGAUUGACAUCGGAUAAAAAUUUAAAUUAUCUCCAAGUGCAUCAGAUGAUCUCCCAACUAUAAGAUAUGUCUCAACUAAACUCCUCAAAAUGCCAUAUUUUAAAUAUAGUCAUGAUGUAAACCCUUUGUUCCAAAAACUAUAUGCCUCUUGUGCUUUUACGAGAUUUUCAAUCCAUAACUAAAUCUCAGAUGUGAAUGUUAUAUAUAAGAAUUGUUUUAAAAUCAAAUUGUGUUACUCAUGUUUAUUUAGGUCUCUUUAAAAUUGGAAGUCACUGUAAUAUUAUCGUUUUCUCAAAGUUUAGUGCAAAAGUAUAUUAUCAGUAUUGUUAUGUCUUUUAUUAUAUUUUAUUAUAUCAUUGUUAUAUUAUUGAUAUCCACGAUGGUUUUAACUUCAUUUAUUUGAAUUUGUGUUAUCUCCAAAUUGUAAGUUAUUAUUGUAAACACUUUUAUUUACAUAUUUAACUUUAACAAUUCCCAGUCAUCAAAUGAUUUUCUCAGAGUAAUACUAUUAAUGCGUUAUUUCGAUAUUUUACUAAAUUACUAUUUUUCUUUUUCACUUACUUAUUUAAUUUGAGCUGAACAGUGAAAACCACCAUAUUAUCAAAUAUUUGUUGUGUUAACGCCAUUCCAAAAAAUGAAAUUUUCUGAGGUUCAUAGAAAAAUAAGGCGAAGAGUCACAAUAUUGAUUAAACCUUUUUGAAGUUUGAGAGAAAUUUUUAGUAAAUAUAUAAUUUGAUAAAUGAACUUAGAUUUUAUAAUACAGAAUACAUUCUAAAUCAUAAUGUGAUAAACAUGAACAAAAUUCGCU